UUGAGAAUCCGGUCACACUCGUGCGUUACGCUUCCUCGGUAAAGUAAUUGUUUUAGAACCAAUUGGCCUGUCUCUCAUUUACACCAAGCCCUUUUUAUCCCAGUGUAAAGGGGUCUUAAUGCAGGUGUACUGUAAUGUAGUCCCAUAUUAAGGCCCUUUUACCUGGCUGGUGUAAGAAUCAGAUCCUUUGACAACGUGACUUGAUUAGAGGAAGCCCUGGUUUCAGAUUGCCGCCAUGCUGGGGAAGAUGGUAGCGGCUGUUACAACCUUUGCAUGCCUGGUGGUGCUCAGCAACUUACAAACUAAUGAGGCCACAGAGGUGCUGAGCAAUCGGGUGAAUGGGAUUGUCCAUGGCACAGUGUAUCUGAACCCCAAACAGUCAGUCCCAGAGAAAUACAAGCAGAUCACCUGGUGGUUCAGGAAGUCCCUAAAGAUCCUGACUAAAAAAUGGGAUCAGCCAGUGUCUUACCGCAAUGGCUCUUUUCAUAAUAAACUGCGUUACCACGAGAAUCACACCCUGGAAAUUAACCAGCUGCAGAAGCAAGACAGCGGCACCUUCCGGAUGGAAGUGGAAGACAGCCAAAGCAAGAAGUCAGAUGAAGCUAUCCAGCUGGACGUGUACGAGCCCAUCCCUAAGCCCAGUGUGAAGGUCACUUCCAGGGUCAACAAAGAUGGAUGGUGCAAGGCCACCCUGGAGUGCAUUAUGGCUGCCACCCAAGUGACCUACCGCUGGUGUGAGAAUGAAGAGGAUUUAGUGGGCAAAAAUAGCAGCACACUGGACAUUGCGUUAAAGUCAGAAAGUGACGCAUCUUACAAAUGCAUCGUCAGCAACCCCGUCAGCGAAGAGACGGGCUUCAUCUAUUACAGAAGCCCUUGCACAUGGGAUGAGAAAAACUCAGCUGUGCCCGUGUCCAUGGCUCGGAAGAUGGCCGAUUCCAUUCUGGCAUUUGGAUUUCUCCUCCUUGUCCAUAACUGGGUCUAGGGCUGGGGAGUCAGGAAAACGCAACGAACUCCUCCAUUGCCUCCGCCUGGUGAAACACACAAGACCAAAAUGAACACCAGAAAUAACAGCGUUCGACAGCCAUCCACCAUCUUGCCAACACACUGGGCAUUAAACUAGAGACUUUCUU